AAGGAGGGUCUAGGCCCGAAACGUCAGCUUUUGUGCUCCUGAGAUGCUGCUGGGCCUGCUGUGUUCAUCCAGCCUCACAUUUUAUUAUCUUGGAAUUCUCCAGCAUCUGCAGUUCCCAUUAUCACUGCUGAAGGAAGGCUUUUUUUUGUCACCGAGGCCUGCAGCUACUGGGCCGCGCGUUGCUAGGCACCCGCUCCCCCUCCCCCGCCCCCGGGGCGCCGUCAAGGCAUAUGUGAGCGCGCGCCAGUUUCCGUGACGCGCUUCCUUCCGGUGGUAGGUCACGAGACGCUAGGGGAGUGGGAGCGAGCGGUGGCUUUUACAUUUGUGUAAAGAUGUCUUUGUACCCGUCCUUAGAAGACCUUAAAGUGGACAAGGUGAUCCAGGCUCAAGCUUCGUAUGUGGCAAGUUCUGGAAUUCCUGCAAUUCUGCCUGAAACUGCAGCCUCUGUGCCAUCAGAUGGUGGCCUUUAUCCCCGUCUGUACCCUGAACUAUCAGAGUAUAUGGGACUUAGUUUAAAUGAAGAAGAAAUACAAAAGAACUUGGCUACAGUUGCAAUACCACAGCAAACUGUUGCAAGACCAUCUAGUAUAAAUCACAUGGUGGCACCGGUGACUGGAACUGAUUUGGGUCUUCGAAGAGCUGAAAUCAAACAGGGUAUCCGGGAAUUAAUCCUCUGUAAGGAUCAGGAUGGAAAGAUUGGUAUUCGACUCAAAUCUAUUGACAAUGGUGUCUUUGUCCAACUUGUGCAAGCAAAUUCACCUGCUUCUCUCGCUGGUUUAAGAUUUGGUGACCAGGUCCUGCAGAUAAAUGGUGAGAAUUGUGCAGGGUGGAGCAGUGACAAGAGCCACAAAGUGCUGAAACAAGCUUCUGAUCAAAAAAUUAGUAUCAUAGUUCGUGAUAGGCCUUUUGAACGCACAAUCACUAUGCAUAAAGAUAGUACAGGACAUGUUGGUUUCAUUUUCAAAAAUGGAAAAAUCACCUCGAUUGUAAAAGACAGCUCAGCAGCUAGAAAUGGACUCCUAACAGAACACAAUAUCUGUGAGAUUAAUGGGCAGAAUGUCAUUGGACUCAAGGAUACACAAAUUGCAGACAUUCUGGCCACAGCAGGGAAUGCAAUAACAAUUACUAUCAUGCCUUCCUACAUUCAUGAGCAUAUGAUGAAAAGGAUGGCUUCAAGCAUUGUUAAGAGUCUCAUGGAUCAUGGCAUUCCAGAAGUGUAAAGUGAGCUCCUAAUGAAUGCAGUGAUUUAGUGAUUUAACCUAUUAGCCUUUUAGAUGGCCUUAGUCUAGUAAAAACAGCAGCUUGGAUAAUACCCAGCUUGCAUGUCAGAGGAAUUUUAAUAUUGCUGUUAACUGUUGCUGCCAACUGCAUACCUAUACAAAUUAUGGGCUGUUUUACUCAGUACUGUGUUUACAAAGCAAAAAGAAAGUGCAUUAGCAUUUUAUUCUGAUCAUUCCACUUGUAUACUUUUUCAGAUCAGUUAAUAAUUUAGUGUGGAAUUGUUUUUACAGUAUUGAGCAAUUAAUCCACAAAUUGUGAAUCUUGAUUUCUUUAUUCUAGUUGGUUGUUAACCAUCUUGACUGGUAUAUCAUGUUUUUAUUCAGUAAUUUUUGCUUCUGAGUACACUUGUACUGUAUAGUGAUUCUUAUUAGCACAUCACUGUCUUUACACACUUAUUAAAAUGUCUAUAAGACAUCUGAACGUUGUUUCUGACAAAUAAAAAAACUGAACACUUUGUUUCUGUUUUUAAAGUUUUUUGUUUUAUUUAUACGCUCUCUGUCACUCAGUUUUCUUUCACAGUUUGCCAUUUGACUAUCCAGCGACAGGAUUAAUGAUGAUGCAAUCAAGGUACACCUAAGUAGCAGUGAUCAUGAGUGAAUUUUACAUCAGGUUUGAAAGGGAGAAGAUUGGGUCUAAACCUAAACAAGGGCAACUUGAGCAAGUUGAGAUGAACUGGCAAAUUUGACUAGGUGAGCAAUCAAUAGUUGCACACAUUUUUAAGGGGUUAAGUCAUUCCAGUAGUAGCUCUACAUCAGGACAUAGGGCAAGCACCACUUAGCAAAAUUACAAUUACAAUAGAAAUGGUACUAAGCAAACUAAUGAACCACUCAACUGGCUGAUAUGUCUCCAGGUCUAAAUAGACUUCAUUCCCAGGGUCUUGUGGUUGCUAAUGAGAUAGAUGACUUGGUGUUAAUUUUCCAACAUCCCCUUAGAUUUAAGAAAGGUUCCAUCAGACUAGAAAGUACUAAAUACAACCUUUUUUUCAGAAAGGAGAAAGAAAAUUGGAAUAAGAAAGCUGUUAUAAUUUUAUUUAAUAAAUCAAUUUUAGCUGUGCAGUUAGAAAAUUUUCUAAUCAGGAAGAGUCUGCAUGGUUUUGGCAAAUCCUGUUUACUAAAUUAGUGAAGUUUUUUUGAAGGAGUAUCGUGCACUAUGAAUAAAAAGGUAUUUGUAGAGAUAGUAGGAUUUCUAGAAGACAAAUGCUCGUGGUAUAGGAGAAUGGCUGGAAGAAAAUACCAUGCAUAUUUUUGGCAUACAUAACCAAGGGAAAUUCUGCAGUGGUCUCAACUUUUUACAAUUUACACCAAUUGCUUAGAUGAGGGCAAUGAAGGCAUGGUUGCUAAAUUCCUAAACGACUGCAAUAGGAAAAGAUGCUGUGAGGAUGACAUUUGCAGGCAGGUAAAUGUUGAGAGAGUGGACAAAAAUCUAGUGGAUGGAGUAAAAUGUGGAGAAGUGCUUCAUAACAUCUCCUGAAUGGUCUGGCCCUAAUUCUCAGUCAAUGCCUAGACCUAGCGUCUCCAACCAGUGGGGUUUGUCUUUUUCUACCCUGUCUUUUUCUGUUGAAGACUUCAAUCACUUCAUCUGUAAACCUUUUAAAUUUUAGAGAAAAUGGGCAUAAUUUGUAAAAUCUGUCCACAUAAUCCCUGAAAUUUAUGUAUCAUAAAUAUCGCCUUUACAAUCCUGUGCCUUUUGGUGAAUUUUUUUAAUGUAUUGUUGGAUCUGAAUAAAAAUAUUUGUGUAUCCCUA